AUUUUCUCUUAUGAAUUUCUACUCAAUAGAUUUUGAAGAAUAGGAUUAAUAAGGUACUUAUUUUUAUCAUAUCUAGAAUUUGUUUAAGAACCAUAACUACAAUAAUCAGAAUAAUUAAUGUACUAUGAUUACGAAUAAAGUGAGUAAAAUGAACCAGAAUAACUUAAUACCUUUGAUGGAUAUUUAUAAGAGGAGCCGGUCCUAUUGUUUAAUUUUGCAGAAGAAGCACCAAAAAAAAAAUCAAGGCUCAUUAACAGAAAAUCCAAAAAAGUAAAAAAGGCUGAUUCAGAAACUGAAGCUUCAUAGAGCAAAAGAUCGAAGCCUCGUAUCACAAAUCGAGAUUAUUUGAAACUUUAACAAUGUUAAAGACUUAAAAUAAUAAUUACUUAGAUGGAAUCUCUCUUGCAACAAACAAGAACUUAAAUUUUUAACCAAUACAUGAAAAAUCGUUCAAAUUGA